AUGAGGACGCUGAAGGCGCUGGCGGCCACCGGGAGGAAGACAGCGGAGGAGGCUUCGCACUGGCUGCGCUGUCACCGCGACGACCCCUGCCUGGACGACCCCAUCCCCCAGGAGUACGCGCUGUUCCUGUGCCCCACCGGGCCGCUGCUGGAGAAGCUGCAGGAGUUCUGGAGAGAGAGCCAGCGGCAGUGCACCAGGAACAGGGCGCACGAGGUCUUCCCGCACAUCACGCUCUGCGACUUCUUCACGUGCGAAGACCAGAAGGUGGAGCGCCUGUACGAGGCGCUGCGGAGGGCGGGUGACCGCGCCCUGCCGGCCUUCCCGCCGCUGCUGCCGCUGGCGCUGCACUCCUCCGCCAGCUUCCUGGGCUUCUUCGUGGGCGACGGCCCCGCGGACGUCAUCCGGGAGUUCGCCGCCACGUUCGCCACCGAGGCCUCCGUCCUGGCAGGGCCGGGGCUGGGCAAGUACAAGCCGCAGAACAUGGACGAGCUGGCGCUCAACCCCGGAGACUUCAUCUUUGUGGACCCCACGCAGCAGGACGAGGCCAGCGAGGGCUGGGUGAUGGGGACCUCGCAGCGGACGGGCUGCCGGGGCUUCCUGCCGCAGAACUACACGGAGCGCGCCAGCGAGAGCGACACUUGGGUCAAGCACAGGACUUACACCUUCAACCUCGCCCUGGACCUGAACUCCAGAAAGGACGGGGAAGCCAGCAGCCGCCGGAACGGCGAGCCCCUCCCGCCCCCGGGGCUGCGGGGCGGCCUGCAGGCUCUGCAGGGCACCAUCGUGAGGAAGAGCGUGCUGGUGGUGCGCCACGGCGAGCGGGUGGACCAGGUCUUCGGGAAGACUUGGCUGCAGCAGAGCGCCACUGCCGACGGGAAAUACUUCCGGCCGGACCUCAACUUCCCCUGCAGCCUGCCCCAGCGCGCCGGGGGCACCAAGGACUUCGAAAGUGACCCCCCGCUCUCGUCGUGUGGGGUGUUCCAGUCCAGGACAGCAGGGGAAGCGCUGCUGGCCAGCGGCAUCCGGAUCGCUUCGGUCUUCGCCUCCCCGGCCCUCCGCUGUGUGCAGACUGCCAAGUACAUCCUGGAAGAGCUCAGGCUGGAGAAGAAACUGAAGAUCAGGGUGGAGCCUGGGAUCUUUGAGUGGACGACGUGGGAGGUGGGCAGAAGCGCGCCGGCCCUCAUGACCCCGGAGGAGCUGAGAGAGGCCAACUUCAACGUCAGCACCGAGUACAGGCCCGCGCUGCCCCUGUCCGCCCUUCUGCCGGCCGAGAGCUACGAGGAGUUCGUGGAGCGCUGUGCGGUGAGCAUGCGGCGCAUCGUCAGCUCCUGCCCGGCCGAAGCGGGCGUCAUCCUCAUCGUGGCUCACGGCUCGGCACUGGACUCCUGCACGCGGCCCCUGCUGGGGCUGCCCCCCCGGGACUGCGGAGACUUCACCCAGCUCGUGAGGAAGGUCCCGUCUCUGGGGAUGUGCCUCUGUGAGGAAAGCAAGGAAGACGGCAGGUGGGAGCUGGUGAGCCCCCCGGUGCGGACCCUGACCCACAGCGCCAACGCGGCCUUCAGCUGGCGGGACUGGAUCCCGGGGCCCUGAGCCCGCGCCGAGGCGACGCUGCCCAACGGCUGACCGUCAGGCUCCGGCCACGGCCCGGGCUGGUCGUGUGGCCCAAGGAGCAGAGAGAGCACUUUGACAUGCCCAGAGUCCCCGUACCCCGGGGGGCUGGGGCUGCCCCAGCGGGGGGCGCCUAGUGGCC